CAUUCAUUUGUUUGUGAAUUCUCUUAUUAUUAUUGAUGUCGGCACUCUAAUACUUUACUUAAAUGUUAAUGAAGGUGAUUUAGUGAGAGUGAACCACAUCUCUACAGGAGCAACAGAAGAUUCUCCCCUUAUUAAAUGUGGUAUUUAAUAUGAUCAAAUAUUAGAAGUAUCACAUUAAAAUACAGUGGCUAUUGUAUGUUUUGGGUGUUUUACAACUGGAUUUAACAUCACUGUAGUGUUUUUGACAUGAUUUUACACAUUUCGCUGCUGCUGUAGAGGAAGUGUUAUAUAAAUCCUCUAUUAACAGUUCUGUAAACAAAUUUCUGAGCACAAAACAUACAAACUAUCACAAAUCAGUGUUAGUCACACAUGUGCAUUGUUUUGAACAAGGCAGGUCUUAAAUGGAGCAAGUUUAUAAUGACAGGCUUUUCCAAAUCCACAGUACCCAUAAUGCAUUGCAUACCCACUAAAAACAAGCACUCUAAGACAAUAGGUUCUCUAUAAAUCAUAUAAACCUCACCUCAUUAUGGGACACCUGCUAAGGGUGAGGUAGAAACUAAUAUUGUUUGCAGUGUAAUUUACAGAUCACUAUAAAACAAAGUUAAAGAGUUGUUUUAUUCUUUAUUCUGAGUGAUUCUGACUAGUGAGCUAGAGAAGUGAUUGAGACACAGACAGAUGUUUAGUGUUGAUUUCUUCUUGUUUGUGUUGAUUCUUCUCCUCUUAAACAGACAGAGAAACUCCUGCUGAAGCGACUGAGCUCCACUAUUAUAAAGAUGGCCUUUAUUAAAGAGGAGAGUGAAGACCUGAAGAUUGAAGACACAUUCACAGUCAAACAUGAAGAUGCUGAGCAGAUAACAGCUGCUCCAGUCCACCUAACAGGCCUAAAGGAAGAGUGUGAAGCGGUGACUGUAGCGCAAGAGAAAAAUCAAAACGACAAACAUAGCGCGAGCGAAGAAAAAGUGGCCUACUACCCCCAGCCUUACAAGCGCAGAGGCCCGUACAAGCUGAAGCCGUACAACUUCAUCCGCUACAUCUGCCAACACUGCGGGAAAGAGUUCAGUCAGAACGGGAACCUCCAGGCGCACAUACGCAUCCACACCGGAGAGAAACCCUUCAGCUGCAAACUCUGCGACAAGAGUUUCACGCAGAAGUCCCACCUCCAGAUCCACCUGCGCGCUCACGUGGAGGGCAUGUCCUUCACCUGCCAGCACUGCGGGAGACACUUCACCCAGAAAAACGCCUUCAUGGUCCACUUAAAAGUCCACACUGCGGACAGGUCUAAGACGUGCAAAACGUGCGGAAAAACUUUUAGUAGGUCCGCAAACCUCCUGGAGCACGUCCGAGUUCACACCGGAGCGCGGCCGUUCGGCUGCCAGCACUGCGGGAAGACCUUCGCCAAAAAAACCACGCUUAGAAACCACACCAAAAUCCACACCGGAGAGAAGCCCUACAGGUGCCCGUACUGCGGGAAGGGCUUCAUCCAGCCCACCAACUAUAAAGUACACAUUAAAACCCACACCGGAGAGAUGCGAUUCUGCUGUCAAGAGUGCGGGAAGGGCUUCGAGCAUCAGGGGAAGCUGACGACGCACAUGCUUAUCCACAGCGGGGAGAAGCCGUACGCCUGCGCUCAGUGCGGGAGCAGGUUCAGGCUGAAGGGGGCGCUUGCCGGACACAUGAACGUGCACACACUAGAGAGAGCGCCGCCGUCUGCAAGCAGUGUGGACGCACGUUCAGCCGUAAAGGCAGCCUGAAGGGGCACAUGCGGAUCCACGAAGGGGAGAAACCGCACGCCUGCGCUCACUGCAGGAAAUGCUUCACCUCCAAGAAAAAGCUCAGUUUACACAUGAGGAUUCACUCCAGACUCAAGACCUCAAAGUGAACUCACUGGAGAGUUAGGCUGUGUUCACACCAGGGCUUGAUUUGUGCCGGAACGCUGGAUCCAGCACCUCAUUUUACUGAUCCCCUCCUCAGCCGCCCUUCUUUCCUGUCCGCUGUUCACUUUUAUUUUCAUCCGCGAGAACCCCCUGGUCUUCACUUUCAUCUUUCGUCCGUGACACCUCUCCGCCAUCCAACGCCUAACCCACUGCAGCUCUCCAAUUUUGUGUGCGACACCUUUCCAUCCUCGGGUAACAUGCCAGGUCUGUUACCCCGAUCUGUUCCAGGACCUCGCAAUUCACAAAUUAGGCACUGGUUCCAACCUCAGGCGGCGCGCGCAAAUUAAUUGCGCUAUUCACACG